CAGAAAGAACAGUCAAAAUGCAGGCAGGGGGCAGGACAAAGCACUCGGGACAAAAUGUAUGUGAAAAAAUGACAGUUUCAAAAAAAUUUUAAAUUUCCCGCCGUACGUCCCGACGCUCACAGGGACCGGAAUACGGAACCUGGAUGCCGGCAUCGGCCGGAGGAGAUGGCCGGGGAAGCUACAGGGGACGCAUCGCGGGAGCGAAGGACAAGGUAAGCCCUGCAGGGACUCCCUAUGCAACGCUGCAUGGUAAGCCUGAGUGUAGCUCGGGGUUACCGCUUGUGGUACUGAAA